AUGAAGGAGUUCCCGAUCAAGUUCCUGAGCCUGCGCGACAAGAAUGCCUCCCACCGACGCAGCAAGUCGGUUCCUGCCGGGACCAAGGAGACAAAGUCCCGCCCACUCUCCGCCGAGGCCUUCAGAGCCAUGUUCAAGAUGGACGGUUCAAGACAAAGUUCCAAGCACGAGGCCGAGCUGGAGGCAACCAAGAUCGAAGAGAUCCAGCGACGCCUCGAGCAGCUCAACAUCACAAACGUUUCCACCGACCACGUUCGAGACAUCAUGGCCACCAGAUUCGCAGACGGCGACCCGACCAGAGCGGCCGAGUUCAUUGCCUUGGAACAAAAAGCCCAGGCCGGCAUCGUCGUCUCCCACGAUCCAAGCAUCGCCCUCCUCGGCGCCGAGAACCGCGAAGCCGUCACCUGCUACCUCGAUGCCCUGCUCUUCGCCAUGUUUUCCAAACUGGAUGCCUUUGAGUGCAUGCUCAGCAACGAAUUUCCCUUGGAGGACCCCAGAUACAAGCUGGUCAACCUAUUGCGCAUGUGGGUCAACAUGUUGCGAUCCGGCAAGCUGAUUCACACGGAUCUGACCAAACUGAUCCAAGAUGCCCUGGGUGACUGCGGAUGGCCCGACGCCCGACUGCUGGAGCAGCAGGACACAUCCGAAGCAUUCGUUUUCCUUACAGAGACUCUGCAGCUUCCCCUGCUCUCCCUGCAGGUCGACCUGUUUCACCAGGGCAAGAAGGAAAAGGACGACCACAAAGUAGUCUUUGAGCGCCUGCUCAAUCUGGCGGUCCCCCCCGAUCCCGAAGGCAAAGGUGUGAAGCUUGAAGACUGCCUGGAGGAGUACUUCAACGCCCGCGUCGAUGUGCUGCGGGAUAGCGAGGAGGCCAAGAAAUCGACCGUGGAUGAUAAGGGAUCGGACCAACGGCCCGGGCUCAAGCACCAUGACACCAUUCGACUCAUCAAAGAUGACGAAGCUGCGACGCCAACAUCGAUGACGACUUCACCAACCGAGAUGCCGCCGUCGAUUGCAGCGUUUGAAGACGCAAGGGAAGACACCAGCUCGCGCCUGCCAAACGCCAGUGGUUCCCAGAGACGCCCCCCGAGCCGGGGAAAAUCUACCGGCGUCAUACGACGUGUCUUGGUGGACGAGCAGGGCCGGCCGGCCGGAGACGUCUCAAGCCUGCAGAAAGCCAGGCGAAAAGGCUCCAGUGUGAUCAAGGCCGUUACGAUCCCCGCCUGGCAGUUCUUUCGAUUGAUUCCUUGGCACGCACUCACAAAUACUGAGCCCAAAAACGACACAGAGGUCGCCAUGAACUUUGACCAGAGACCAAUUGUCGGCAUAUGCCUGAAGCGGUAUGCGAUGAACGAGUCGGGGCGGCCUCAACGUAUCAACACGUUCAUCGAUAUUCCCGACAGCCUGCGCUUGCCGCAUUUCAUGCUCGCCAGUGGGCCGGAGCUGGAGGAAGAAAACGGGCUGAGUACCGAGUAUAAACUCGUGCUGCAGUCUGUCGUGUGCCACCGGGGCGACUCUGUGCAAAGCGGUCAUUACAUCGCCUUUGCCAGAGUGGCGCCAAAGCUGCUGACAGACAACCGGAGGCAUAACUUCGACCCCCCUCCCGACUACGAAGAGGCACAGUGGGUACGAUUCGACGACUUGGAAACCAAGAACCGUGUCGUCUUUGUCGACGACAUCAAGCGGUCGCUAAAGGAGGAGAUGCCCUAUCUGCUCUUCUACCAGGUAGUGCCGAUGGUUGACAUGACGUGUCCGUCGACUGCGGGGACAGAGACGGAGCCGCCGUCCUACGACGAGUCAAAGAAAAGUUUCGAGAUGACAUCCUCCGGAUCUUUGUGCGACGGAGACUUGAACAGUUACGGCCGACAUGCCGGGCACCAUCGAGAUGAGACGUUGGUGGCGGAGACGCCCAUUCAAAGCAAACCGCCUAGUAUUCGGCUGUCUUCUGAAGCAGAGCGUCCGCCUCGACCCAUUUUCGACAGCAAUUGGACAGGCUGGAAUACGACGGGGUCCACGCCUGGGGAAUCGCGUCGCCCGAGCGUUGUUUGUACAGACUCGGAAGCGGUGACGCCAGCCAUCACCCCAGACGCCAGCUCGCCAGUCAUCAGCCCCAACGAUGAGUCCACUGCGUCGAGGCUGUCCAGGGCCGCAAGUCGCUUCGCUCUGGGAAGGCAAAGCCGCUCAGCCAGUCAGUCGGGCGAAGGUCGCCUCAGCUUUUCCAUGACGCGCCUGGGCGGCCUCAUGAAAACCAGCUCUGCUGGAGCACCGAAUUUGGACACUCCCGGCAAGGCGCCCGAGUCUCCUCUGGAGGGCGAGAAGUCACCCGCUCAGCCACAGGCUACUCCGUCGAAGCACAAGCGCGGCAAGUCCAAGGACAAGACGAAGCACAAGUCGAAUGGCUCGCAGCCGGAGCGAGAGUGUUCCAUCAUGUAA